UGCCUACAUAAACAAUCAACCAUUCAACUAAAAUCUUUACCGUAGCAAGAAGAACAAAAAAAAGCAAAGAACAGUGAAGAUGGCAAGCCAAAAUCUUACUGCAACGUUGCUUCUCUUCACCACCUUUCUCUUCAUUUCCCGACCAAUCUCAGCCGUUCAUUCUCCUCCACUACUAAACGCAACAACCAACGAUCUAACUUUCAUCCGAACCAGCUGCAACGCUACUAUAUAUCCAGACCUCUGCUUCAACUCUCUCGCCAGCUACGCCUCCGCCGUUCAAAGCAGUCCGGCGAGGCUAACCAAACUAGCUAUCGGAGUUACCAUUUCAAAAGCUAAAUCAACGGCUGUUUUGCUUUCCAAGUUCUCGCGCUCAGCAACCAAAGUCAAAGACUGUGCUUCUUACCUUAAAGACGCACUCGACGAGAUGAGAGAUUCACUCCGAACACUACGCAACAUUAGCCGCGGAGUAGGCAUUGGUGCGGCUCCGUCUUCGGUGGAGAUGUUUAGGUUCAAGAUGAGUGACGUGCAGACGUAUAUGAGUGCAGCAUUGACGUAUGAGGAUACUUGUACGGACGAAUACGAAGAAAUGGAUGAAGCUGGAGGGACCAAGACGGCUGUUUAUGAUCGGGUGAAUAAUCUGAAGAGGUUAACUAGUAAUGCUCUUGCGCUUGUUAACAGUUAUGCCAACAAUGGAGCUCCAUGAGAUGAGAUCAUGAAAGAGUUUUUUUUAACCUUUAAUUAAAUGUUUUUUUUCUGAUGAUUUUCUUUACUUUAUUAAAUAUUUCUUUUGAUAAUUUAGUAUAUUAUGGGGUUUAAACUUUAAAUUCUAAAUAUAUCAUAGUUGAGUUCAGUGUGGGUUUGGAUACAUGUUAUAUUGUCAGAUUUUUCGUGUGAUUUAUUAGGCAACCUUAGAGCAUCUACAUUGGUGAACCCCCCUUUGGGGUUCAUACCAAUUUUUUAAUAUAUUUAUGGUGGGACCAUGAAUAGUAAUGAACUUCUUGAUA